AUGUCGGCAGUCGCGGCGCACCGAGCCUCUCCGGCCAUGUGGUCCCCGCAGCCUCCGCCGCCCCGCCUCCAGCUCCGGCGGCCUGCGCCGAUUCCCCCUCACUCCUCGCGGCGCGGCCGCGGCCUCAGCCGCAUGGCCGCAUCGCAGGAGGACCCGCUGACCGCGCUGACCCGCGUGCUGUGGGGCCGCGCGCUGCCGCCGUCGCAGCUCGUGCUCGCCGUCCGCCACGGCUGGACCUCGGCGUGGCGGCUCCUCAUGCGCCAGCUCGCGCCCUCAGACCCGGCCACGGGCGCCUUCACCCGCACCCCGUCCCGCUUCCCGUCCGUCGCGCCGCCCGCGCCCGGCCCCGGCGCGCGCCUCCACCUCUACGUCGGCCUCCCCUGCCCCUGGGCGCACCGCGCGCUCCUCGUCCGGGCCCUCCUCGGCCUGGGGCCCCGCCUCCCCGUCUCCGUCGCCGUCCCGGGCGACGACGGCGCGUGGUCCUUCACGCCGGAGAGCCCCGACGCGCUCUACGGCUCCCGCAGGCUCCGGGACGUGUACGCCGCCCGGCGCGGCGGGUUCGAGGGCCGGGCGUCCGUGCCCAUGCUCUGGGACGCCGGCCGCCGCGAGGUGGUCUGCAACGAGAGCAUCGAGAUCGCCAAGUUCCUCUGCACGCUCGCCGCUUCCGGCGCCGGCGCCGGAGGCCUCGACCUCUGGCCGCCGGAGCACCGCCAGGAGAUCGACCGCUGGUACGGCGUCAUCUACCCGAGCGUCAACAACGGCGUGUACCGGUGCGGGUUCGCGCAGAGCCAGGCGGCCUACGACGCGGCGGCGGCCGAGCUGUUCGCCGCGCUGGACAUGCUCGAGGGCCACCUCUCCGGGUCCCGGUACCUGUGCGCCGGCGCCGGCGUGACGCUGGCCGAUGUCUGCCUCUUCACCACGCUCAUACGGUUCGACCUGGUGUACAACCCGCUGUUCCGGUGCAGCCGGAGGAAGCUGGUGGAGUACCCCAGCCUCCACGCCUACAUGCGGGAGAUCUACCAGCUGCCCGGCGCCGCCGAGACCUGUGACAUGGCCGCCAUCGCCGACGGGUACUUCGGGACGCUCUUCCCGCUCAACCCCGGCGGGAUCCUGCCCGUCGUGCCGGCGAGCUGCAGCCGGGAAGCCCUCAUGAAACCUCAUGGCAGAGAGGCAUUGCCUUCUUCUUCUGCUGCUGCUGAUGAUGGUAGGCAGCUAGGAGCAGCUACCGAUACAUUGACAACAAUGUAA